CCAUGGUUCGGACAUGUCCGCGGGUGAGAUGUUUUUUGAAAAGGGAUGUAGGAGAUGCCUGGAAGCUGCACAAGAUGCAGACAGCCCAAGGAAUAUGGACAUCGGGAUGCAGAUAGUCAGUACUGGUACUGCGAGGAUUGCUGGCUCACUUUCUGCGGCAGGAGGCGACGCUGUGCGCUCUGCAAGAUGCUCCGGGACGAUGGACAUGUAGACCAAGUCGUGGAUUACUGGUAUUGCAUGCCUUGCUGGGAGCGACGACCUGCAGCUGGUGCCUAUGGAGCACCUCAACACUGGGUGCUAUACCCUCCUUAUGAUCCUUACGCAGCUGGGUAUCCCUUUAGCGGAUACCCAGCAGUUGGAUCUAGGAACGGGUCCCGGAGCCGCUCGAGGGAGAGACGAGACUCAGGCAAGAAGAAAGCGAAAGGUGGAUCUGGGAAGAAGGAAUUCAAGCCCUACCAUGCCACCAGCGUGCCCAAGGUAACGGACCUAUUGGCCAAUGAAGCCAAUGGACCUGCCACUACGGCAAUGCUGAGAAAUAUUCCCAACAGGCUCUCACAGAAUUCCUUGCUUGACGAGAUUGAUGCCGAGGGCUUCUCCGGCUUGUACGACUUCUUCUACCUGCCCAUGGACGUGAGGAAUAAAACAAAUGUAGGCUAUGCCUUCAUUAAUUUCUUGGAUCCGGCGAACAUGACCCGCUUUUCGGAGCACUUUGAGGGCUACCGCUUUAAGAAGCAGAACAGUCAAAAGAUUGCCACAGUGAAUCCUGCCCAUGUGCAGGGUUUAUCCAGGAAUGUUCAGCAGCUCACAAAGAAAGCAGUGCUGCACUUCAACAAGGGUGAGUACAAGCCAGUGGUCUUCCGUGAUGGCUUACGAGUCGACUUUGAGGACUUGGCCAAAGAGUACUCCUGAGGUCGAAACCCCACCUGCCGGUCCCUGACGGGACGAGGACAAUCCUUGACUGAGAGGGCUUAAAAAUGGGUUACCAAUGCUUACCAACUUGCGUGCUCGAUUUGUGGAUUUUG